ACGGGGCGCGUGCCCGGUCCUCACCUCGCACACUCGGUGGCAGCGCGCGGAGCCUUACCGUGAGGAGGGUUGAUCGCUCGUUCACGCUUUACAAAGGAGUCACGUCUUUCUGUUUUCUCUCCCUCCUCUCUCUCUCUUCCUCCCUCCCUUCCUCACUCACUCACGCACCCUCUCGUUCUCCGUGUCUCAUUCUCAAGAUCACCGGAGCUCAUAUUCGCUCUCCCCAAUGUCAUGGACAAUAAAGACGGAGCUGCAGGCGCCCCGGAGGCUCUGACGAAUACUGGGGCGGGGAGUCAGCAGCAAAGCCACGACUGCCCGGCCCUGGGCGCCCCGGUUUCCUCGUCAGGAGUAGCUGGCAGCCGCAGCCGCAGCCGCAGCACCGCGGCGAUGGAGGAGGAGGAGGAGGAGCCGCGGACGCAGCCGCCUCGCCGGGGCGGUGCAGCUCUGAUCAGGAUGCAGGACCUAGUGUCCGGCCGGCCUGCUUGGGAGAGGGGCGAUGCGGCGACUAGGAGCGGCGUGAAGCGCAGCGAGAACGGUGAGUGCGUGCGAGAGCCAGACAAGCCAGAGGACGGAGGCGGCGGCGGAGGAGGAGGCAGUGGCGCCAUGGACGGGACGACCCCUAGCAGCGAGCCAGAGCGCAGAGACCCUCGGGUGUCAUUCUCAAGCGCCCCAAGCAGAAAGGCAUCUUCAUCGUUGCCCCGUAGCACCCUGAAAGCAGAUGACAACCCGCAGAUCCUUGCCGAGGAUGGAGAGCAGCGCGGCAGUCAAGCCAGCUUCAUGCAACGCCAGUUCGGGGCGAUGUUGCAACCAGGGGUCAACAAGUUCUCUCUGCGGAUGUUCGGCAGCCAGAAGGCGGUGGAAAAAGAGCAGGAGAGGGUGAAGUCGGCGGGGUCCUGGAUCAUACACCCAUAUAGCGAUUUCAGGUUCUACUGGGAUUUCACAAUGCUCUUGUUCAUGGUGGGAAACCUUAUAAUCAUUCCUGUGGGCAUCACUUUCUUUAAAGAUGAAACCACGACUCCCUGGAUUAUUUUUAAUGUUGUGUCGGACACCUUCUUCCUAAUGGAUUUGGUACUGAACUUCCGGACUGGGAUUGUCAUUGAGGACAACACAGAAAUUAUCCUUGACCCUAAGAAGAUCAAAAAGAAGUAUCUAAAGACUUGGUUUGUGGUGGACUUUGUCUCCUCCAUCCCUGUGGAUUAUAUAUUUUUGAUAGUGGAGAAGGGAAUAGACUCAGAAGUAUACAAAACUGCACGGGCACUGAGAAUUGUGCGCUUCACAAAAAUCCUAAGUCUUCUGAGGCUCCUGCGUCUAUCUAGGCUUAUCCGCUACAUCCACCAGUGGGAGGAGAUCUUCCACAUGACUUAUGAUUUGGCAAGUGCAGUGAUGAGAAUUUUCAACUUAAUUGGAAUGAUGCUGCUUCUGUGUCACUGGGAUGGCUGUCUGCAAUUCUUGGUCCCAAUGCUCCAAGAUUUCCCCAAUGACUGCUGGGUUUCUUUGAACAAAAUGGUGAACAAUACAUGGAGCGAGCUGUACUCCUUUGCCCUCUUUAAGGCAAUGAGCCACAUGCUGUGUAUUGGGUACGGACGCCAGGCUCCAGAAAGUAUGUCUGACAUUUGGCUAACCAUGCUGAGCAUGAUCGUGGGGGCCACAUGCUAUGCCAUGUUUAUUGGGCAUGCCACAGCGUUGAUUCAGUCUCUGGAUUCAUCCCGUCGCCAGUACCAAGAGAAGUACAAGCAAGUGGAACAAUACAUGUCCUUUCACAAGCUGCCAGCUGACUUUCGUCAAAGAAUCCACGACUACUAUGAGCAUCGAUACCAAGGCAAGAUGUUUGAUGAGGAAAGCAUUCUGGGGGAGCUGAAUGAACCCCUUCGAGAGGAAAUUGUCAAUUUUAAUUGCCGGAAACUAGUGGCCUCCAUGCCACUGUUUGCCAAUGCUGACCCCAACUUUGUAACUGCCAUGUUGACUAAGCUCCGCUUUGAGGUGUUCCAGCCUGGUGACUAUAUCAUUCGAGAGGGUACUAUUGGCAAGAAGAUGUACUUCAUUCAGCACGGCGUGGUCAGUGUGCUCACAAAAGGCAACAUGGGAAUGAAGCUAUCUGAUGGCUCUUAUUUUGGAGAAAUUUGCUUGCUAACUCGAGGCCGUCGAACAGCAAGUGUUCGGGCUGACACCUAUUGUCGUCUAUAUUCACUCUCAGUGGACAACUUCAAUGAGGUGCUGGAGGAGUAUCCUAUGAUGAGGAGAGCCUUCGAGACUGUAGCCAUUGACCGCUUGGACCGUAUAGGUAAGAAGAAUUCUAUCCUUAUGCAUAAGGUUCAACACGACCUCAACUCGGGAGUCUUCAACAACCGUGAGAACGAAAUCAUCCAGGAAAUUGUCAAGUACGACCGAGAGAUGGUGCAGCAAGUUGACCUUCAGCGGCCUAGGGCCAUGUCCAUGACGCCUCCACUCCAUAGCUCCAUGUUUGCUCCACCUGGUCAGCCGCAAGUCAGCUCUGCCAUUGCCACACUUCAGCAGGCAGUGGCGAUGAGCUUCUGCCCACAAGUAGCUAGCCCCCUGGUGGGCUCUGUGGCAAUGCAGUCCCCCAGGAUGGUUCGUCGUUUCCAGGUUGUACAAAGCAUCUCCAGUCCAGUUUCUGUGUCACCUCUCCAGCAGCAGUCUACCCCACUAGUGUCCAGUGGAGCCUUUGCUUCCUGUGUUUCCAGUCCCCCGGUUCAAAGCCCGCUGGCUGCCACUGGCCGGACUUUCCAGUACACCUCCAGCCCGGGCCAGUCAGGUUCACAGCUUUCACUAGUGCAGCAAAGGGCCCCCAGCCCUCCACAGCGUCCUGUCUCCCACAAAAGCACCCAAGCCUUGCACUCUGGCAACUUGAGCCAAGACACCAGGCCGCUGUCUGCUUCGCAGCCUUCCCUUCCCCAUGAUGGCACUCAGACAGCAACCCCAAGCCCACCACAGUCUACACAUGUCUCAUCCACCUCCAUCAGCUCACCUCAGCAGGCUCACCCCAUUGCCCCUGGAUCCUCAGGGCCUAGGGGUCCUGUACCCCAGAGGGUGACCUUGCCCCAUCAAAUGUCUAUAGGUGCAGGAGGCACCAUCUAUCCAUCAACACCACCUCCAGCAUCUACAUCUGGGCAGCAGGACUCAGGAACGCCCAAGAAAGAAUUGGUGGAAACGGACUCGACAAAAUCUAGGCUUUCUUCCAAUUUGUGACCUUGAGUGUGAGCUGUGGCUAUGUUGAGAGCUAUAGAGUUCCUGUUGCCUUUUAGGCACAGCAAUGUGAAUGUACGUCAUGCAGGUGGUAGCAGUGACAUGGCAAAGUGGGGAGAGAAAAACGCAAAAAACUCUUGUCUCCCUCCACCUGUGCACAUCCUUCCCAGUCGUGUAUCCAUAGAAUACUGUAUAAAGAAGCCAUGCAAACUAUCGUUUAGCCAAGUGGCGCCAAGACGGCGAAUGAGUGUAACGCUUUGCCAAGUGUGUUGGGUGUCCUCUUUCUGUAGAAACAAGCUGAGUAACUUCAUUGUUCUCCUCAUGAUGCUGUAAGCUUAGUCUGGUUUUAGAAAAAAAAAAAAACUGAGAAAAAAAUGCUAAUAGUCGUUUAGACCGCUGGUCGAUCUUACAUCAAUUAAAGGAAAAUAAUAAUGAUGUUAUAUAAUAUUCAUUGUAACUUAUCAAGACCAAAGUUGAGCUUGGAGGUGUGUUUGGUAAAAAGCCGUUUAUUUAACUGCCUUGAUUCAAAUUGCGAUCGACUUUUAGAAGCCAUAUUUUGAAUUUGUUCUUGUCUUGGUUGCGUCAUCUUUUCUGGGGAGUGGCCGUCUACUAUGUUUUGUGAUCCUCUCUGCUGCUUGUUGUCUUCCGUUCAUGGAGAAGGCUUGGCUCCACCAAAAUUAAACAAUUAAACAAUUAAACAAUCCCGCUUGGGGACUGGUGGAUGGCCUACCUGGCUAGACUUUUUAGUGCCAGCUGGGCAACUGCAUUGUCAGUGCCAGACGGAAAACUCCUCAAGAGUGUGCUAAAUGCACAUUGUACGAAAGUUUCUUUUUUGGUUACCAGUAUUUUAGUUAUAGCACCUGUCCCAGUAAACACCCUCCUGCCAUCAGCAGAGUGUAGACAGACAGGGAGGCAAUAGUGGAAUAUGAGCCUGCUCCAUUUAAGACACUCUGCUUCUCCAUCAGGCCCUGUUAACAUUAUAGUUAGUGAAAUUACCACAGUGACCUAAAAAUCACACGCAGAAGGGCUGUUUCUGAAUUUCAGCUGCAUGAGUGCUGGCAGGUUACUGAAGGCCUCUUAGGGUUGGAGAUAGUACUCUAACAUAUUAAUCUGGAAUUAGUUUUAAAAGACUUUUUAAUAAUUGAUCUAAUUAAAAAAUAGAAAAAUGUAAAUGACAAUGGUGAUUAUUAAUAUGACUUAUUAGUCAAUGUUCACUUUUAACCUAGAGUCACUAAACACGUCAAAAUGAUUUGCUGUUAUACAUAUAAUAUAAUACCAUGUACGUUUAAAUUGGAGUAAACAAUUACAGCGAUAGACAUUCAUGAGGCCUUACAGACAAGACAUGGCCCACCGACGUAUUCAGUAGGUGUUGUCUUGUUCAAUAUUUUAUUUUUUUCUUGCAUAUCAUAAAACACGGGGAAUACACAUUGCAUGCACUAAAAUGAAGUUUUUCAAGUCAUAUAAUCGUCACCAUCAGGAGUUCAGGUGAACAGCUGCUACUCUUUAGUGUUCUAAUGUCCUCAUUAGCUCACUUUAUCUCUUCAGCUUAUACUUCUAUCAAAAAUGAUGUAAAAAUGAAAAUGCAUAGUACAACAUUUCCUAUAAUUGUACAGAGUGAGUACUAGAAAGAGCGGAAUGACUUAGUGCAGGUGAUUUAAUCUGCAUCGGUGUGGAUUAUUGUCCAUUUCUUAGCCACUUGGCUGCCCUGCUUAUAUAGUGCCAAUCAUCAGUUAUGAAUUAUAUGUGACUGAAAAGUGAAAGGCUUGAUUACUAAAGUGGAAAGGCCAGAAUGACUCCAAUAAAUUUAGUACAGGGGCCCCUAGCUGUUAGAUUUGUAUUUUGUUUUAUUCCUGAACUAUAAAUGUUAAAAAAGGUCUGAUUUACAGAAAACAACACAUACUUUUGCAUUUCUCAGCAUAGCAAAUUGGUUAAAACCCCCCUUGUGAUUUGAGCUUGGCUCGGACCCCACCACCGCCUCCUGUUUCAAACCUAAAUCCCAAAUGCUGGCCUAAUUACUGAUUUUAAUAUCUUGUGCUGUAAACAUAAAACACCAAGGAAGGGUGUACAUAUUGAAAGGUGCUAUAAACACAGUUUUAAAAAGCACACGUAAAUAAUGUAUGACACUAAUUAUGUUCUGGAUGCAGAGUAGAAUUUGAACAAUUGCAGACAAGUAGCAAAGGUCCAGGCGUCAUUCUUCUUGAACGGAGCUCUGUGCUCGUGUGUGUGUGUGUGUGUGUGCUUGUCUGUCUGUGAUGCCCCUGCCCCAACGAAGGUCUUGUUGUUUUAUGCUGCAAUUCUGAAGGAUGGCCAGCUCUCGAAUCUCAUUUUAAAAGAAGUGCCUGUUUUUUGCUGCUCACAUUUGGACUUGCCCUCUGCAAACACCCUCACCCACCUCCAGUGCCCCUAAACAAUAAAAGCUUUUUUGGACAGCUUGCCUCCUCUCCUAAACCACGUUAGGUUACUGCAAAUUCGACUAUUUUUGUGCCUACUAACCACUGGAUCACACAAGCAGUGGCUCUGGGGGCCCGUCCCUCCGAUUUCUUACUUGCUUCAUGGAUUCACUUUUUUUUCAGCCCAAACGCUGCAUAAUUAAGGCUUUGAGAUGUGACUGCUGACCAGACAGCCUGUAGAACUUGUGGCCUCUACUCUUCUUCAGACUAGAAAAAGGAGUGCUGUUUGCUGUCAUGGUGAGGGAACAAAUAUUUUUAAUGGCACAAGAAGUUUGGGGACUGAGAGAUGCUCGCUUUUUAUUUCAAUGCACGUUUUGUUUUGCUUUUUUCCAUAAUUAGUGAAAUGUCAGCAGGCCCGGUGGUCUUUGAGAGUCUACUGUGGAUGGGUGGGAGGCACAGUGUGUACUACCAGUGUUUGCAUAUUGGCACCAGCACUCGCUCUUAUUGUUUUGACUGGCAGUUUCUUUUUUUCCUUCUCCAAAUCUGAAGUGCAAUAUUCUGAAAAGUGAACGGUGAGAAUAAUUGUGACAGUGGCACAUAUCACACAAAUUGUCCUGCCUAGCCAGCUUGCUAAACGCUGCUCAUAAAGUUGUCUGGCCAUCCUCCGGUGAGACUUGGGCAAUAAGUUCAAUUGUGAGGACUGCGAUGGCUCGAGGGUUUUAAAUAGGCAGAGACAGGCAGGGCUACAGGGACUUUCAUUUCAAGGAAAAGUAUCUUCUCCUCCAUGUUUGACAGAGGAGCUGCCCAGGGUAUGUGCACAUUGUAAGGACAAGCACUGCCCAAGCACAUGAUCCAGCUACCAUCUGUCCUGCUUCCCCUAAGGAAAGCACAUAGCAGACUAAGGAACAUGCAGGCCCUUUUAAAAAAGACGCUGAGUGAGAACCAUUAUGUUCGGCAGAGAGAAUGGACUACAGCUCAGCAGAGAGAGUUGGGAGGGCAAGUGGGUGAAGAAACCUUCCUGCACAGACACUUUGAAAGGAAUUUAGCAGGAGCUGGCAUACUGGGGGACUCGUCCACUGCAGACACUUUCUGAGAAGCGUUCGGCCGGCUGUGCAAUAAAAAAGUCAUCCAUGUGCAAUGCUGAUGAUGUUGUGAAGCUCAGUUUCCUAAUCCAGUUCUGGGAUUUGUGGGCUUUUUUAAUGAAACUGCUCUUAUGCUAAUAACUUAUCUGGUCAUUUUAAAAGGAACAUAUUAAAAAAAUGACUUAUAAUAAUCAUGGCAGCCAUA